AUGUUGUUCGACAAGUUAUAUUUGUAUUGGUCUUCUAGUGGGCUAAUGAUGGUCCGAAGGGACCUAAACUAUGACGACGUCGAUGAGUACGACGAAUAUGGCGACCAGAUAAUCACAAUUGAGACUGUUGGUUUCAAGAUUUUCAAACUCGACACAAUUGUUGAAACAUGGUGUGAGGUUAAAAGCUUAGGAGACGAUGUGUUGUUCUUGGGAUCAAAUUCCACUAUAUCCUUUUCAGCUCUCGAUUUUCCGAGCUAUAAGAAAAAUUGUAUAUAUUUUUCUAACACCCAACUAAACUUCAAAAUCAAGGGAACCGGAAGGGAUUUGGAUGUAGGUGCAUUUAGCUUGGACGAAGAAAAGUUUGAGCACUUUGGAGCCUAUGUAGGUGACUCAAAAUCUGUUUGGCCAUAUCCAAUUUGGGUUGUGCCCAAUCCUUUUAAUUGA